AAACACAGACAGCAGCUCCCCCAGUCUGUCAGGAGACGCUGCUUUUCUUCUCUCCCACCUAUCAGACCACCUGGAUUGUACGAGGGGGCCAGCUGAGGACGCAGCGGAGGGGAGGAAAAAAAAAAAAAAAAAGAAGAAGAGGGGAGCAGUGCAAAUAUUCACACUGAGGAUAACGCUUCAUCUGAGGCGGCGGGCUGAAGGCACAGCCAGUGGCACUGCAGAGGCGCAGCAGCACAGAGGGCUCAGGAUUCGCUGCAAGAGGUAGAGGAACAUGCGUUCCCGUAGCAACAGCCUGGAGGACGUAACCAAAGCCAAGCUGUCACAGCAGACAGAAACACGCAAGAGCUCAGCUGAGCGAGAGGACCCCGCGGGAAGGACUGAACGCCGCAGCCGGCACCGAGAACCACCUGACGACACCGGCACCAUCCAACGCAAUCACAAGACGACAAAGAACAGCUCCUGUGCGAGUCGAAGUGGAAAUGGAAGUGGGGGAGGUAGCGCCAGUGGGGCAGCCAAGGGUGGUCGUAGGGAGAAGGGCAGGGACCUCUCCCGAGAUGACCUCGUCUUUCUCCUGAGUCUGCUGGAAGGAGAGCUGCAGGCCAGAGAUGAAGUGAUCACUGUGCUGAAGGCAGAGAAAAUCGACUUGGCUCUGUUGGAGGCCAAGUAUGGAUUUGUCACACCGCAGAAAGUCCUUCAGGCCUUGCAGAGAGACUCCAUACAGGGCAAGUCUGAGAUCCUCCAGGAAGACAUCUAUGAGAGGCCCAUGGAAGAGCUGGACAAGUUGGUGGAGAAGCAGAGGGAGACGCACCGGCGGAUGCUGGAGCAGCUGUUGAUGGUGGAGCAGUCGCACAAGCAAGCACUGUACAAGUUAGAGGAUGAGAAGAGGAACCACGGGGAGUUCAUGAAGAAGAGUGACGAGUUUACCAACUUGCUGGAGAAGGAGCGCGAGAGGUUGAAGCUGCUAAUUGAUCAAGAAAAGGUCUACCAAGAAAGAAAGGACGAAGAGCACAACAAAAAGGUCACAGGUCUGAAGGAGGAGCUGACCAAACUCAAGUCGUUUGCGUUGAUGGUUGUGGAUGAACAGCAGCGCAUCACUGAACAGCUGAAUCAACAAACAGCCAAGGUCCAGGAACUGACUGCCAGCGCUUCACAAGCCCAGGAGGAGCUGAGCUCAGCUAAUGCUCGUCUGCAGGAAGAGGAGCAAAAGGUCUUACGCUUGGAGGCUGAGCUGCGUGACCAAACGGGUCGAUACCACCAGGAACAAGAGGCCAUGACUGCCAAACUGACCACUGAGGAUGCCCAAAACAGACAGCUGCGUCAGAAACUGUCAACUCUCAGCAGGCAGCUUGAUGAACUGGAGGAAACCAACAAGACGCUGCGCAGGGCCGAUGAGGAACUGCAGGAGCUGAGGGAUAAAAUAAGCCGUGGCGAGUGCGGGAACUCCAGCCUCAUGUCUGAACUUGAGGAGUUACGGAAAAGGGUGCUUGAAAUGGAAGGGAAAGAUGAAGAGCUGAUCAGGAUGGAGGACCACUGCAGGGACCUCAACAAAAAACUGGAGAAAGAGGCCAACCAGAGCCGGAGCCUGAAAGCUGAGGUCGACAAAUUGAACCACAGGAUUAUGGACUUGGAGAAACUGGAGGAUGCAUUCAGCAAGAGCAAGCAAGAAUGCAGCUCACUCAAAAGCAACCUUGAGAAGGAGAGGAUGGUCUCAAAGGUUCUGAUUAGUGAGCUGGAGGUGUUGAAAGUCAGGGUCAAGGAGUUAGAGACCACUGAGAGCCAGCUGGGAAAGACCGAGCUGACGCUCAAGGAAGAUCUCACCAAGUUAAAGACUCUCACAGUCAUGCUGGUGGAUGAGAGGAAGGCAUUGGCAGAGAAGUUGAAGCAGAUGGAGAACAAAGUCCAAAACAGCACUGGGAAGCUUCAGGCAGAACAAGACAAAGUCACAUCAGUCACUGAGAAGCUGAUCGAGGAGAGCAAGAAAGCACUGAAGUCAAAGGCUGAGCUGGAGGAGAAAAUGUGCAGCGCUACAAAGGAAAGAGAUGAACUGAAAGCCAAGCUGAGAGCUGAAGAGGAGAAGAGCAAUGAUUUGGAGUCGAAAAUCAGCAUGAUGAAGAAAAGGUUGCAAUCUCUAGAGACGAUAGAAAGAGAGCACCUGAGAAGCAAAGCCAAAGAGGAGCACAUCAAAACGCCCAUUGCAAACCGCUUCCAACAAGAGGACAACAAAGUAAAGGACCUGACACAGGAAGUGGAGCGCCUCAGGCGCAAAUUAAAAGACAUGAAGGUGGUGGAGGGUGACCUCUUAAAGACAGAGGAGUUCGAAUCGCUGGAGAAAAGAUUCAACAAUGAACAAGAGAAAGCUAAAGCCUUGAUGGAAGAGCUGGAAAUAUCCCGCAAAGAACUGUCUAAGUACCAACUGGCAGAAAAGAAAGAGUGCAACCAAGAGCAUGUGCUCUACAAGCGCCUGAAAGAUGAGGAGGCAAAGUCUAGCCACUUGACAAGAGAGGUGGCAGCCUUGAAAGAGAAGAUCCAUGAGUACAUGGGAACUGAGGACUCCAUUUGCCGCAUGAAGACCGACCACUCUGCGCUGCAAAGAAAGCUGACCCAGCAGGAAGUCAGGAACAAGGAGCUGGCCCGAGAGAUGGAGACGCUCACAAGAGAGCUGGAGAGAUACAGGCGUUUCAGCAAAAGUCUCCGCCCUGGCAUGAAUGGAAGGCGCUUUUCAGACCUCCAUGUUUCCACUAAGGAAGUUCAGACUGAGCCGCUUGACCUCAUGUCCCCGAACUGCAAGACAAUCGAACCGCUGGAACGUGCUGUGGUGAACGGGAAGCUGUAUGACGAGAGCGAACCAGAAGACAAUGCAAACUACAGCAACGGACUUCAGCUCACCAAAUGUAGCCCCUCUCUUAUCAAUAAUGUAAAUAACCUCAACAACAACUUGAGACGAGCAAGAGUGCCAUUCAUCAAAAAUAAAGACGCAACCCAUCAGGUGAAUGGCAAAGUGCAGCCAAGGCAGAACAGCAACCACGUCCAGCCUGGAGAUGUCGUGCUGACCCACAGUCCCGGGCAGCCUCUGCACAUAAAAGUGACUCCUGACCACGGACAUAAUACAGCAACGCUCGAGAUCACCAGCCCGACCACAGAAAACACCCAGUCAUUCACCAGCACUGCCGUCAUACCCACAAGUGGAGGUCCACCCAAACAGAGAAUCACCAUCAUCCAGAAUGCUUCCAUGUCCCCGACUGCAAAAUCCAUCUCCCCGACGAUAAAAUCCAAAGGCUCACCAGUGUGUGAUGAUCUGUCUUCUCCUGAUAGGUCCCUUUCACCUUUCACCAUGGCGACAUACUCCAGAGCAAUGACCCCGGACUCUUGUGGCUCUGUCACACCAGACAGAGCGAUGUCCCCGAUACAGAUCGUGUCGGUCACAACAGGCACCCCUGAUCGCUCCCUCUCCACAGAGCCGGUGGAAGUCGUCGGAGGGCACGCCGUCUUCCGUGUAUCUCCAGAAAGGCAAACCAGCUGGCAGGUCCAGAGGUCCAACAGCACCGGGCCCAACGUCAUCACCACAGAGGACAACAAAAUCCACAUUCACUUAGGGAGCCCCUUCAUUCAGAGCAUCAGCACUCCGACACAAACACUGAGUCCAUGCCACACGCCUGGACUCCAGGAGCAGAGGACUCAAGUGCUCGCAAAUUGCAGCACUCCCACUCCCAAAGGCAACAGCAAAAUCACAAGUAGCAUCAUGAUUAAGCCCACCUCCACCCCCAUCCAAAGGCCAUCACAAAUUACAGUAAGUAAUGCCUAUGACUGACCUGAUAACCCCAAAGCCUCCCAUCCCAUCAAUAGUUACUGAAUCCCUCCCAUGGCUUCCAGUCCCUUCGUAGACCCCAAAUCUAUACCCUGAUACAUUUACAUCUGUUUUACUUAAUUUAUGUGCUUCAACCAGGGUUUGAAUGUCAUCUUUUUUCAUUUUGGUUUGUGUUUGGUUCUGUGCGAUACAUUCAAACAGUUGUUUGCCUGCAUGAGACAAAAAUAUCAUUUGAAAGCACUAGAUUUUAUUUUGUUCUUUUGACAUAACACAAGGUUUAACUUAUGUGCACUUACUGUAUUGUACUCAGUGGCUAAUUUGCCAUGUAGUCAGAUUAUUCACACUGAUGUAUCAUACCAGUUUUAUACUUCAUAUAACACAUACUGCAUUAUGAUUAAGUUGUUUGGUUUGCUGAGAAUUAAAGUGUGCAAAAACAA